UCCGCGAAGUGCAUUCACGAUAUUUCCAUGGUCAUUUGCCAGCAUUCACAUAUUAAAGAUGUUAAUAAUAUUUGGGCUGCAAUAUUUGACUGGAACGAUCAAAAUGACGGUUAUUUUCGUCUGUAUUACUAUUCAACUGUAACUGUAUGUUACUAUGGUUACCAAUGUUUAUAGGAAGCGCAUUAAUAUAGAACGUGAUUAAACUGACCUGGAACUACCUGUGCAGUUAAACGAAUUUAAUCAACACCUGCCAGCCAAUCAGAAUCGAGUAUUCAGACAGACAAUAUUAAGAACGAUUUUUAGAACUCUUUAUCGUUAUCUUUAUAGUUAUCAUGCUUGGUGUGAACGGGCCUUAACAUUAUAGAUUGUGUCACAUAUUUAUAGCCUAUAUAAUAGUCUAAUAAAUAACAAAGUGAAUUAGAGCAGGUGAUACGUUUUGUAACGGAACUGUUGCUACGACUUAAUUGUUUUUUAUUUUUUAAUAAUUCUCUGACUAUAAUAGACUAAAUAAAUAGCUAGAUUUGUUUGUGUAGCGUAAAAAGAUUAUCUUACCUUCCAAUUGAACACUACUUGUCGCAAGCAUAUAGGUCUACUGCACUAUGACUAACGUUAAGGCUAUUUAGGAUUUAAUUUGUGUAGCGAAAAACAAUAAUUCUAACCGAAAGCGUCGAACGACGUUACUAUGGUUACCUUCUUAGUGAGCGCGCUUCUUGCAAGCAUCUAUUUAGGCUACUGCACUCUGGCUAAUUUAUGAUUUGUCGGUGUGCAGUGCGAAUAAAAAAUACUUAAAGAAAGCGUUCGAGCGGCAUAUAAACUUGUGCAAAUAUGGAGCUGGAUAAACUCACCGGAGGUGCAGGAACGGCGCUCAUUGAGCUUUACGUGCUGAGAAAACACAUCAUCUGAGCAAAUACAGUCAGUUUUCAUGUAUAAGUGUUUUAAACGCUGUGAAAAAUGUGGAUUAUAAUACUGUGGAUAUUUGUCCAAGUUUUGCUUGGCAGUUCAGUCGAAGCUCAGCAUGUGGACUCUGAAGUAGGCUUAACAGCUCAGGAACAAGUUCUCCUGCUGUACGACAUCAAACUACAGUGCUUUCAGAACAUCUCCGAACACAACCCUGCUGAUGAUGUCUGUUCUCCUGGAUGGGACGGGUUGGUUUGCUGGCCUCAAGGUUCUCCAGGAACCGUCACCAAAGUGCCAUGUCCCAGCUAUGUAUACGACUUCAACCACAACGGAUUUGCAUACCGUAAGUGCGACUUGAAUGGAUCGUGGGUAUCGGUGGAGAACAGAACUUGGGUCAAUUAUUCAGACUGUCUGCGGUUUUUGGCUCCAGGAAUUGAAAAGGGCAAAAGGGACUUUUUCGAGCGGCUGCACAUCAUGUACACAGUCGGCUAUGCGGUGUCCUUCAGCUCGCUGCUGGUCGCCAUUUUCAUCAUUGGAUACUUUCGACGUCUCCACUGCACCAGAAACUACAUCCACAUGCACCUCUUUGUGUCUUUCAUGCUGCGUGCGGUCAGCAUCUUCGUUAAAGACAGAGUGGUGUACGCUAAUGGUGUGCUACAGGAGUACGACACCAUGCUAAUGGACAACAUCAGCACCGUUUCCAUUUCCCCUCUUGACAUGACUCAGUAUGUUGGUUGCAAGAUUACGGUCCUAUUCUUCAUUUAUUUCCUGGCAACCAACUACUACUGGAUCCUAGUGGAGGGCCUUUACCUUCACAGUCUCAUUUUCAUGGCGUUCUUCUCCGACUCCAAAUAUCUUUGGGGUUUCACGCUCAUAGGGUGGGGUGUUCCUGCUCUCUUCGUAUCAACCUGGGCUGUCGUCAGGGCAACGCUGGCAGAUGUAAGGUGUUGGGAGUUGAGCGCUGGCAAUAUUAAAUGGAUUUACCAAGUUCCUAUACUGACAGCAAUUGGGCUGAAUUUUUUUCUGUUUGUAAAUAUCGUACGAGUUCUGGCCACAAAGAUCCGAGAAACGAACGCGGGGCGAUACGACACACGUAAACAGUGCAGGAAGCUGGCUAAGUCCACUUUGGUUCUGGUUCUGGUUUUCGGCGUGCACUACAUCGUGUUUGUGGGAAUGCCGCACACGUUCACAGGUCUGGGCUGGGAGCUGCGCAUGUACUGUGAAUUGUUCUUCAACUCAUUCCAGGGAUUUUUUGUGUCCAUUAUCUACUGCUUCUGCAAUGGAGAGGUCCAGACAGAAAUCCGGAAGACCUGGCUUCGUUGGACGCUUGCGUUUGACUGGAAAGGUCCCGUCGUUUUGGCUAACUACCGCUAUGGGACGGUCCUGAACAGCAGCGGCACCAGCCUCCAAUCUCAGCUGACCUCAGUGUCCCGCAGUUCAGCCCUCCUCACCAGCAGGGUGUACCGCUGCGCCACUCAGAUCAGCGUCAGCUCGCUUGUGCACAGCUCCCAAACACACACAACCCUCCCUGGAUACGUCUUCAGCAACUCGGACAUCGAAAGCCUGCCACCUUCCAUUCCAGAAGAAAUCGAAGUGGAGGCCAAACACAUUGACGAUAUCACACUCAAAGGUGUCAACCACAUCGCCAUACGACAGGAAGCCCUCAGCAUCUGUUUCGAAGAAAGCGGACAGAGCUCAUCCCACACAGAUUCUAAUGAGGUCAGAUGUCGUCCUGAAGACAUCACCACUACAGAAAUCUCCAAAUGCACUGAUAAAAUAUCGCUGAAGGAUUGUUUAACAGUGAGGUACAACAGUUUGGAUCAAGAGGACGAGGAAGUGCUUUAAAGUGCAGACUUUGUUUAACGCGAAUUGCCUUUUGCAACCAAUUUUACUUCUGUAAAGCAACGUAUUUAUGAUUAAAACAGGAUUUUAAUAGAAAAAAAACUAUUUUAUCCUUAGGGAACUGAUUUGAUUGUAGAAAUUGGGCAUUAUAUAUCGGAAUGGAACAUAAUUUGCUAAAAUAGUGCCUAAAUAGCUAUUUGUUAACAUUAUCCAAUGACGCAAAAAAAGGUGAGAACAGCUUUAAAGGAAAGCGGCUUCAGAAGUAGCGUAAGUUUCAAUUAAAGAAUACUAAGGCAAAAAUUAACGUUUUUCUUUGGAAUGACAUGCAUUGAUUCACACUAAAACCUAUAACAUGUCUUAAAGGAAUAGUUCACCCAAAAAUGAAAAUUUGCUGAAAAUGUACUCACCA